AUGCCGCUCGAGGAAGACCAAAUGCGACGGCAACCGCCCAGGUGUGAGGCUCGAGGGAAGACAUGUAACUACAACCAGCUGCCCGCUGUCUGCGAGAUCGCGAGCAAGCCUGCCCCGAGACAGGCACUUCAGCACGUUCCUGUUCUCGCUUCACCUCCAUCUUCACCGGCUCAUUCGCACGAGGCACCUCCGAUAGCAACGGUCUUAGCCCCCAUAACCAUUGAGCCAUGCUCCCUUCCGGACCCUUCGAGUGUCAGCAGUGGUUUGGACCAGGACCCGAAUCACAGCCGCGCAUAUUAUGCAGCCCACGGCCGAUUCGCGGGCCAGGUCGCCGCAGCGAUAGAUGAGCGAGCUGGCUUUGUUCCACCAGCCACUUCCUACCUUGUCCCACUUGUCGAUGCGCCCCUGUUUGGAGAUCUGGAUUUACCCGUCCGAUGCUCCACUCUUCCUACAUCCACUGAAUUGCCUUCUCGGACAUAUGCAGAUCAACUGGUGGAUGUCUACUGGCAGUAUAUCAAUCCAGCUGAACCUAUAUUAGAUCGCCAACAGUUUUUCCAAUAUUAUGCAACGUCGUACUCCACGUCUGGUGUGUCAGUACAUACAGACCCUCACAUUCGGCUCAGCAUCCUCAAUCUGGUCUUUGCCCUCGCUGUCCAAAGACAAGAAUCUAUCCCCCUCGAUAAACGAAAUGAAGAGGGAAACACUUACUUUCGGCGUGCAUGGGGCCUGCUUCCAGCCGAGUCUAUUCUUUGGGAGCCCGGAUCACUGGAGCGGGUGCAAUGCCUAAUACUGAUGAACCGAUACCUCCACUGCACCAACAAUCAACAAAAGACGUGGAUGACAGCGGGACUGGCAAUGCGAAUCGCACAAACUAUGUGUUGUCACGUCCCAGAGACUCCUUCCACCCAGGAUGCCAGUAAUAUUACGCGCCUGAAACGUAAGGUCUGGGCGAGCUGCGUUGCUUUAGAUCGAUGCAUAUCCUGGUCACUCGGAAAGACAUCAGCGCUGGCCCUUAUUACCUCGCCGACAAACGGCUCUAAGCAGGAAUGUGAACAUACGGAGCAUUCCCGUUGGAAAUUGGAGCUUCACGAAAUUGGCAAUCAGAUACAACUCGCCCAGAUCCAGACACGGAGUACUCUUGCAGCCAGGUUGGUCGCACCACGCCUAGAUCAACAGGAGGAAUAUCACACUGCGGCAAUUCACAUGGACGCUUGUCUUAGCAAAUGGGAGGCCAGCCUCCCAAGUGAUUUCCAGUUACAGAACCUUAAAUUUCUGGAAGACAGAACAUCUCAAAUGGAGCGAUACUUGCUGCAUGUUCAGCUUCUUCACUCCCGAAUCUAUCUAUACAGACCACUACUCGCCCGCUUCUACUCGAUGAAAUCCGAUCCCCAAUCAAAGUCCAUUAACUCCUCAAGUCUAAGUGAGCGACUUCUCAGGGAAUGUGCCAGAAUGUGCAUCGAUGCUGCCCAAAGCGUCACGUCCCUGGUCGUCGAAACAUUGGAUCCCGCCCGGGGUAUCGGUAUCCUCCCUUGGUGGACCCGAGUAUACUAUCUUCACAUAGCGGGUAUGAUUUUCCUGGCAGCCAUGGUCGGAUCAGAUCUGUUCACCGAGUCGGUCUCUCGAUCUUGGCAGGAUGUCCUGGCAGCUCUUCGCGCGCACGUCCACCUGAGUACAUAUGUCCAGCAGUGCGUUUGGACUUUUGAGGCCCUCUCAACGAAAAUUUCACAGACGAACUGCCCAUCAUACCAGAGUGGCGCUGAGCCCGUGAUGGAGAGUGCGGGUUGCUGCUUCGAUGAUAUCUUUCAAGAUAUCCGGUUCGACUUUGAUGAAUUUCUCUUUAGAACGGAAGAAGUGGUCAAUUUUGAUGGGCUAGGGUAG